AUAUAAACCACAUGAGAAUAUUAUUUCUCUAGCUUAAUUCCAAUGCUGCCUUAGCUCUAGCAAUCUAGCUAGGUAAUUUAGCUAAGUAAGCUAGCGACGCUAUCUGGGAUGGCGUCGUCGGCGGAGGCGGCUGCGGCGAUGGCGGCGGCGCCGUCGGCGAGCGGGCGGCGGAGCAUGAGCUGGGGGUCGUCGAUCUCGCAGUCGUUCCGGCAGGCGGAGGCGGACGACCCGUUCGGUCGCGCGGCGUCGCAGCAGGGGCACGACGACGACGAGGAGAACCUCCGGUGGGCGGCGCUCGAGAAGCUCCCCACCUACGACCGCAUGCGCCGCGGCGUCAUCCGCACCGCGCUCCUCCAUCACGACGGCGGCGGCGACGGCGGCGGCGCGGCGGCGGCGGCGAAGGACGGGAGGAUGGAGCUCGUCGACAUCCAGAAGCUCGCCGCCGGCAACCUCGGCCGCGCGCUCCUCGACCGCGUGUUCCAGGACGACAGCGAGCGCUUCCUCCGCCGCCUCCGGGACCGCAUCGACAUGGUGGGGAUCGAGCUGCCGACGAUCGAGGUGAGGUACGAGCAGCUGUCGAUCCAGGCGGAGGUGUUCGUCGGCAGCCGUGCGCUGCCCACGCUCACCAACGCCGCCACCAACGUCCUCCAGGGUCUCAUUGGACGAUUUGGUUCUUCAAAUAAGAGGACCAUUAACAUACUGCAAGAUGUUAGUGGCAUCAUCAAGCCAUCCAGGAUGACACUUCUUCUUGGGCCUCCAUCCUCGGGAAAGAGCACACUAAUGCGAGCACUUACAGGGAAGCUUGAUAAAAACCUCAAGGUGUCCGGCGACAUCACAUACUGUGGACACACAUUUUCUGAGUUCUACCCUGAGAGGACCAGUGCAUAUGUCAGUCAGUAUGAUCUUCAUAAUGCAGAGAUGACUGUGAGAGAGACAUUGGAUUUCUCUGGGCGGUGCUUAGGCAUUGGUGCAAGAUAUGACAUGCUCGCGGAACUCGCGAGAAGGGAGCGCAAUGCAGGCAUUAAGCCAGAUCCUGAGAUCGAUGCUUUCAUGAAAGCUACUGCAGUGCAAGGGCAUAAAACUAACAUCACUACAGAUGUUACUCUCAAGGCACUUGGGUUGGACAUUUGUGCUGAUAUUAUUAUUGGGGAUGAGAUGAUUAGAGGAAUUUCUGGUGGGCAAAAGAAGCGUGUGACAACAGGGGAGAUGUUAACGGGACCAGCACGGGCAUUGUUCAUGGAUGAAAUAUCCACCGGUCUAGAUAGCUCUAGCACAUUUGAGAUUGUCAAGUAUAUUGGGCAUUUGGUCCAUGUGAUGAAUGAGACUGUGAUGAUAUCCCUCCUGCAGCCACCACCGGAGACCUACAAUCUUUUUGAUGACAUAAUUCUACUAUCAGAAGGAUAUAUAGUCUAUCACGGACCACGUGAGAACAUCUUGGAAUUCUUCGAAAAUGCUGGUUUCCGAUGCCCUGAAAGGAAAGGAAUCGCUGAUUUCCUUCAAGAGGUCACUUCCAAGAAAGACCAGCAGCAGUACUGGUACCAUGACCAAGAACGGUAUCGGUAUGUGUCAGUUCCAGAGUUUGCACAACGUUUCAAGUCAUUCCAUGUAGGUCAGAAAAUGCAGAAGGAGAUGCAAAUUCCUUAUGACAAGUCCAGCACACAUCCUGCUGCAUUGACAACUACCAAGUAUGGGCUAUCCAGUUGGGAGUCACUCAGGGCAGUGAUGUCAAGAGAGUGGUUAUUGAUGAAGCGCAACUCCUUCAUCUACAUUUUCAAGGUCACCCAGUUGAUCAUCCUUGCCUUCAUGUCCAUGACUGUGUUCCUCAGAACAAAGAUGCCUAGUGGGACAAUCUCUGAUGGCACUAAAUUCCUUGGGGCUCUCACCUUUAGUUUGAUCACCAUCUUGUUCAAUGGCUUUGCUGAGCUACAACUGACCAUAAAGAAGCUUCCUGUGUUCUACAAACAUAGAGAUUUCUUGUUCUUCCCUGCAUGGACCUUUGGAGUAGCAAAUAUCCUCUUGAAAGUUCCUGUUUCUCUUGUAGAGGCGGCGGUAUGGGUUGUGCUCACAUACUAUGUGAUGGGGUUUGCACCCUCUGCAGGAAGGUUCUUUCGUCAAUUUAUAGCUUUCUUUGUUACUCACCAAAUGGCAAUGGCUAUGUUCCGAUUUCUUGGUGCUAUUUUGAAAACAAUGGUUGUGGCCAAUACUUUUGGGAUGUUUGUGCUGCUUAUUGUCUUCAUUUUUGGAGGAUUUCUCAUAUCUAGAAAUGACAUCAAGCCAUGGUGGAUUUGGGGUUACUGGGCAUCUCCUAUGAUGUAUAGUCAACAAGCAAUAUCAAUCAAUGAGUUCCUUGCUAGUAGAUGGGCUAUUCCAAAUACUGAUGCAACAAUUGAUGAGCCAACUGUUGGCAAGGCUAUUCUCAAAUCCAAAGGCUUGAUUACUAGUGAUGGGGGGUUUUGGAUUUCCAUUGGAGCCCUUAUAGGAUUCCUUGUUGUGUUCAAUAUCUUAUACAUUUUGGCCCUUACAUACUUGAGUCCUGGUGGCAGCUCAAACACAAUAGUUUCAGAUGAAGAUAGUGAAGAUAAGACGGACAUGAAAACAAGAAAUGAACAACAAAUGUCCCAAAUUGUACACAAUAAUGGAGCUAGUAAUACAUCUGCAACAUCGUCAAUCCCCAUGAGUGGAAGCAGAUCAACAAAUCAGCAAAGUAGAUCACAAAUUGUCUUGCCUUUCCAACCCCUUUCACUUUGUUUCAACCAUGUAAACUACUAUGUGGAUAUGCCAACAGAAAUGAAAGAGCAAGGAUUCACAGAAAGCCGUCUCCAGUUACUAUCUGAUAUCAGUGGAGUUUUCAGACCAGGUGUUUUGACAGCAUUAGUUGGUGUAAGUGGAGCUGGCAAGACCACCCUAAUGGAUGUCUUAGCAGGAAGGAAAACAAGUGGAGUAAUUGAAGGAGACAUCACCCUCUCUGGUUAUCCAAAGAAACAAGAAACUUUUGCACGCAUUAGUGGUUACUGUGAACAGACUGAUAUUCAUUCACCAAAUGUUACUGUCUAUGAAUCCAUUCUCUACUCUGCUUGGCUACGUCUUUCGUCAGAUGUUGACACCAAUACGAGGAAGAUGUUCGUGGAUGAAGUCAUGUCCCUUGUAGAGCUUGAUGUGUUACGUAAUGCUUUGGUGGGUCUUCCUGGAGUUAGUGGUUUAUCAACUGAACAGAGAAAGAGGCUCACAAUUGCAGUGGAGUUGGUAGCAAACCCUUCAGUAAUAUUCAUGGAUGAGCCAACUUCUGGACUUGAUGCUAGAGCUGCAGCAAUUGUCAUGCGAACCGUGAGAAAUACCGUCAACACGGGACGCACUGUGGUUUGCACAAUUCAUCAACCCAGCAUCGAUAUUUUUGAGUCUUUUGAUGAGCUUUUGCUAUUGAAAAGGGGAGGGCAAGUUAUUUAUGCUGGUGAACUCGGCCGCCACUCCCAUAAACUAGUUGAAUAUUUUGAGGCAGUUCCAGGUGUUCCAAAGAUAACAGAAGGAUAUAAUCCUGCAACAUGGAUGCUAGAAGUCACCUCCCCUAUAGCUGAGGCUCGUCUUAAUGUAAAUUUUGCUGAAAUUUAUGCUAAUUCUGAGCUUUAUAGGAAAAACCAAGAGCUAAUCAAGGAAUUGAGCACUCCCCCACCAGGAUAUCAAGAUCUCUCAUUUCCUACAAAGUAUUCUCAAAAUUUCUAUAGUCAAUGCAUUGCAAACUUUUGGAAGCAAUAUCGUUCUUAUUGGAAGAAUCCACCAUACAAUGCCAUGCGCUAUCUUAUGACAUUGCUCAAUGGCCUUGUCUUUGGCACGGUAUUUUGGCAAAAAGGAACUAAGAUAUCAUCACAACAAGAUUUGUUCAAUUUGCUUGGAGCCACUUAUGCUGCAACUUUCUUCCUUGGGGCUGCCAAUUGUAUCACAGUUCAACCUGUUGUUUCCAUCGAAAGAACAGUCUUCUACCGCGAAAGGGCAGCAGGGAUGUACUCUUCAUUGUCCUAUGCAUUUGCUCAGGCAUGCGUGGAGGUCAUCUACAACAUCUUACAGGGGAUUCUAUACACUAUUAUCAUCUAUGCAAUGAUUGGAUAUGACUGGAAAGCCGACAAAUUCUUCUAUUUCAUGUUCUUUAUUGUAGCAAGUUUCAACUACUUCACAUUGUUUGGGAUGAUGUUGGUGGCAUGCACCCCAUCUGCAAUGCUUGCAAACAUUCUCAUAUCCUUUGUACUUCCUCUCUGGAAUCUUUUUGCUGGGUUCCUCGUUGUUAGGCCGUUGAUACCGAUUUGGUGGAGGUGGUACUACUGGGCAAACCCCGUGUCAUGGACCAUCUAUGGUGUUGUGGCGUCACAGUUUGGUAAAAAUGGUGAUGUUCUUUCGGUUCCCGGUGGGAGCCCUACGGUAGUGAAGCAAUUCUUGGAGGACAACCUAGGGAUGCGGCAUAGUUUCCUAGGAUAUGUUGUGCUCACACAUUUUGGCUACAUCAUCGUUUUCUUCUUCAUCUUUGGCUAUGCCAUCAAGUACUUCAACUUCCAGAAACGAUAGAGAUGGUAUGUUAUGGCAUAGAGUGACAUUAUUUUUGGCCGCCACUGCCACUUGCAGCUAAAGAGGGCUACUACACAAUUACUUAGUUAAGUUAGAAGUGCUUGUAGAUUGUUCUAGUUUGUAAACAUUCACUUCAUGUAUCUAUAUACACACCAAUGCUAUUCUAAGCCAUGGAUGUGAUUUGUUAUUCCAUUUGCAGACCAAUAGAUCAUCCUAAGAUUGUAUAAACCUCUAGGAAUUGUAAAAGUUGGCCCACAAGUGUAAAAAAACCCUCUCAUUUGCGUCCUAACCUUGCCGGACCUCACCCA